CAUAAAUUCCUAGUCUCUGGGUAAAAACCAGCUGACCAUUGAGAAUUUGAGGUUAACUUACAAUAUAUCAAUUUGAUAACGCGCACUGUGACCGUGUGCCCUUGUUCUGUUCUAAUUUUAAAUCAUGGCUGCUGCUAUCGGGAAAAUUGCAAAGGCUAUUCCAGUGAUAGCCAAGCCAAGAUUUGCACUUUUCAUGAAGUAUGCCAAGGUAGAACUAACUCCUCCAUCCCCCCGUGAAUUCGGUGAAAUCAAGACACGUCUGGGCAAUGUUAUCAGUGCAUACAGAUCAGGUCGCUGGAAGACUUUGACAGUCAAAGAAGCAUGGAUCAACACUCUUGUAGGUGCAGAGAUUCUCAUGUGGUUCUAUUUUGGAGAAAUCAUUGGCAAGCGGAACAUUAUUGGUUAUGACAUUAACUUAGCGUAAACCUCUGUAUUUCCAUUUAAGUGUAGUUAUGUAUCUCAUAUUUUUUAUCUAUCUUACCAGUCAUGGAUUUUAAGCAGAACAUAAGUCUUUGAAGAUAAACUUCUUUUUUUGAAAUCUUUUAAAAGCAACCAUCUUGAACAGAAGUUAAAUUUUUUCUCCCACGAUUUUGUUGUUGGUGUUAUUCUUUUUUAAUUUUAAAGUGAGUAAGUUAAUUGUAACAUGUAUUCUUGUAUUGUAUUCCUCUAAACAUCUGAUUUGUACAAUAUGCGAAAAGAUUAAAAGAUUAUAAAUGAGGAAUUCUUA